AUGGCAUCUGCAAAACACAAAAUACUCAAAUUAAUAACAUUUGUGUCUUAUGAGUAUUUUUUUAUUUUUCAGGAUGACCCGGGAUCACCAAAUAAUGACGACACCCAGCGGCCUAGAAGUGCUUCGCAGUCAUUAAUGAGCGAAGAUAGACCUGACUCUCGAAGCACUACACAAUCGGAAAUGGAAACUAGACCUCGGUCACAAGUAGGAAUUGGACCUAUGUCACCCACUGAGGAAGAAUCUACCACGAGUCAUUCUAGCCGAAAUUUAACAUAUCAGAGAUUCGCUCGCAGAGAAAGAAACGCAGUGUCUACGACAACAAAUGAUUCAGUAACUGCUGCUUUACAGCGCCUAGAACAAAUAUCCUCUAAUAUAAAUAAUCCACCACAUUUUGAUGAAUUUCAUUAUUUUGGUCUUAACGUAGCUUCGCAACUACGCGCACUGUCAUUAAAUUUAGCAUUGGAUGUGCAAGCUGAAAUUCAAGCAAGUUUACUAUCAGCUAGACGUCGACAGUUGUAUCCAAACAUUGGAAGCGUAUCCAUUCCUACUAUGUACACCCCAAAUCAACCAAUUGUAAUUCAAGAUAAUCGAGCUAACUCGCAAAAUGUACAACCGUUGCCAUCAUUUGGACAGGCAUCUAUUCAAGGUACUUCAGAAUACACACAGUAUUCAUCUAACAUACAAAAUCAAGACUCUUUUUCGUUACUUAGACGGACAUCUAUGCAAGGCACUUCAGAAGGAACAGCUGAUGUCCUAAGCAAAGCUUGGGAUAUGUCUUGA